AUGUUAGAUUGUGGGCGGGCUCGUCAGGCAAAUGAGGUCACCGCGCGUCACGUGCGCCGCUCUAGCAGGUACCCUGGCCACUCUGAGCUCCCUGAAGCCGCGAACAAUUGGACCCAGUCUGAGCUGGGGUUGCGUAACAGCUGUCCUGUUCAAUUUGACAAUCGCGAUAACCACUUCCUCUCUCAUUACACUCGUUAUCCCGACCCAGGUCUCUCUGUUCUCUUGCUCAAACGACACCUUACGCCGUCAACCGAGGACCGAUUCCAUCCAACAGCAACAAUGAUUUCCGACGGCGACCUCUACACCCUUGCCAUCUUUCUGGGCUCGGCUUCUAUGGUUCUCAUCGUUGUGUAUCAUUAUUUCGAAGUCAAUGCCCCCGAGAAAAUAGCUCAGAUCGAGAAGCCGGCGAAGUCUUAA